AGACGGACAGUGAAGCUAAGCGAACGCGAGAGCGAUCCAGCGGAGGGAUACCGGAGAGCACCGCGGCGCAGCUGCGCAGAGCCACUGGACAGAGAAUAAAUGCUGUAGUGUUGACAUAUUUCUUUUUUGCUUAAAAUUAUCACGCGUUUCGCCACUAUGCCGGGAAUGAUGGACAAAGGGUCGGAAUAUCUGGGGAAAGGUCGCUCAAAUGGGACGAAAAGCCCGUCUAACGCCUCGAAUGGACAUUUUUCGGAUGAGAGCGGCAGCGACGACGAGCACGAUGUGGGCAUGCGUGUGGGGUCAGAUUACCAAGCAAAUAUUCCUGAGUUUGAUCCAGGCUCCACAAAAUACAGCGAUAAAGACAACGGUGGCAUGUUGGUUUGGUCUCCACAUCACACAAUAGUUGACUCUAAAUUGGAUGAGUACAUUGCAAUUGCAAAAGAAAAGCAUGGAUACAAUGUUGAGCAGGCUCUCGGCAUGCUCUUCUGGCAUAAACACAACAUUGAGAAGUCCCUUGCUGAUCUGCCAAACUUCACCCCCUUCCCUGAUGAGUGGACGGUGGAGGACAAGGUGUUGUUUGAACAAGCGUUCAGUUUUCACGGGAAGAGCUUUCAUCGGAUCCAGCAGAUGUUGCCGGACAAAUCCAUAUCCAGUCUUGUGAAGUACUACUAUUCAUGGAAAAAAACACGAUCCCGAACGAGUCUAAUGGACCGACAAGCACGAAAGCUGGCAAACCGGAAUAAUCAAGAUGAAAGUGAGGAAGAGAUGGAAGAAGCCAACCCCAUUGAGGCCAACGACAGUGAUUAUGACCCUACAAAAGAGGCGAAGAAGGAGAGUCAUGCUGAACCUCAGAUGCUGAGCUCCAAGAUUGGACUGGGACGGAGAGACCACCAGACCCUGCAGCACCGUCACCAUAGCCAGCGGUCCAAGUGCCGCCCACCCAAAGGCAUGUACCUCACACAGGAGGAUGUGGUGGCCGUCUCCUGCAGCUCCAGCGCUGCAAACUCUGUCCUGCGUCAACUCGACAUGGAGCUGGUGUCUCUGAAACGACAGGUUCAAAAUACUAAGCAGUUAAACAGUGGACUUAAACAGAAGCUUGAAGAUGGAAUUGAUGAAUUCAGACUGCCUGAGUGCACCCAAAAAAUUAAUGCCCGCUGGACAACAGAUGAGCAGCUCUUGGCAGUACAAGGAGUACGAAAAUACGGGAAGGACUUCCAGGCUAUUGCUGAUGUGAUUGGGAAUAAAACGGUGGGGCAGGUGAAGAAUUUCUUUGUGAACUAUCGGCGGCGCUUUAACUUGGACGAGGUGCUUCAGGAAUGGGAGGCGGAGCAGGGAGUUCACACUCCCAAUGGAGACGGUGCCAACUCUGGUGAGGAUGGAAAGAACAGCAACAUCUCCUCAGGAAAGAGCACAGAUGAAGAAGAGGAAGAGGGUCAGGUGACCCCAGCCUCCGGUCCGUCUCCUGUAGCCACAUCAGCGUCUCUAACAGCAGCCAGCAGCUCCACCUCUCUCAACCAGCCUCCACCUCUUCUGCGCCCAUCUCUUCCUGCCACUCCAGCGCUACACCGUCAGCCGCCGCCUCUGCAGCAGCAAGCCCGCUUCCUUCAGCCCCGUCCUGCCCUGAACCAGCCUCCGCCGCUCAUUCGGCCCUCCAACCCCCUCCCUCCGCGCCUCAACCCCCGACCCACAGCCCCUGUUCCCAUCAUGGCUUCUGUGGCGCCGGGCCAGCAGCCGCCCACUCUGGUGGGCAUCCAGUCCGAGACGCCCUCCUCCUCUCUACACUGAUGCGUUUUAUAUUUGUGACAUUGCAGAUGAAGGUAAUAAUUAGUUAGCAGUUCUCAUUGUGAAUACUAGGAAAAAAAUGAUUGUUUUAAACUGUAUAUAUUAGUUAUGUAACUUUCUAUUUAUUUAAACUGUUUUUUUAUUUUAGAUUUUGUAAUCAUGUUGUAACGUUGUACUUUUUAAAGCAAUAGUUCACCUAAAAAUGAAAAUUACCCCAUGAUUUACUCACCCUCAAGCCGUCCUAGGUGUAUAUAACUGUCUUCUUUCAGAUGAGUACAGUCGGAGUUAAAUUAAAAAAUGUCCUGGCUCUUCCAAGUUUUAUAAAGGCAGUGAAUGGCUGUUGAGAUUUUGAAGCCCAAUAAAGUGUGUUCAUCCAUCAUUAAAAGUGCUCCACAAGGCCUUCUGAAGCAAAGAGAUGUGUUUGUAUAAGAAAAAUAUAUUUAAACUUUAUCAAUCGUAAUCUCUAGCUCCUGUUAUCUGCCGUGCCCGUGUUAAAGAGAGAGUGGCGUUCCAGCGGAUGACGUAGGCAUAGCGUAAGCUCCGGUGAGAAUAUGCUAGUCUCCCGAGAACCAAGUUUUGUUUACAGCAAAGGAAAACCCAGUCUCCUCUUGGCUUAUAUCAAAAUCCUCUGACAUUUUUUCUUUACAAAUCCUCAUUUGUGCUUCUAAUUGUGCUUCUAACAACUGGUGUUGUUUUGCUCUCUCCUCUGCGCUUCCGUGUUCGUCACUUCUCUCUCAUAAAUGUGCGUAUAGUUUUAAAUAUUUUUUUUCUUCCACAAAUGCAUUCGCUUCAGAAGACCUUUAUUAACCCGACGGAGCCGUGUGGAGCACUUUUAAUGAUGAUGAACGCACUUUAUUUUGCGUAAAUCUCAACAGCCAUUCACUGCCAUUAUAAAACUUGGAAGAGGCAGGACAUUUAAAAAAAAAAAAAAAGGUCAUAUACACCUAUGAUGCCUUGAGGGGGAGUAAAACACCAGGCAAUUCUCAUUUUUGGGUGAACUCGCUUCAAGUCUUUAAAAUAUUGUGUUCUAUCUCAGCACUUUUUCUUGUUGUUCCUUAGUAUCUAUGAUGUAACGGCAAACCUCUUUAAAAAGGUUUUGUUUGUUGUUUUGUUGUUCAUCUGUGUCUGUGGUUGUCGUUUUAUGUGUUUCAUAUUUUAAUAUUUGGUGCUACAGACUGACAGAAAAAUCACCUGUCCAAAUUCUCUUGCCAUCAAAGUGCUCUUAACAAGAAAAUAUUUAAUCUCAUACUUAAUUGCUAAUGAAACUCAUAGAAAAUUCCUACUGUCAUACCUUUUCUCCUUUUUUUUUUUUUUUUUGGUCAUGGAUACCAAUUUCAGUCGCUUUGGAGUAUAAAACACUUAUUUUCAGCCUCAUCUGUUAAUUAGCAUUUAAUUGGGUUUGUUUAUAAACCUGUUUGACUUGCAGAAAAGUGUAAAUGAUCCACAUUUUCCAACCAGACAUUAAGCUGUUGCCCCGAGUCGUUUCAUUAGUGGUGUGUUGUUUAAUCCGAUUAUGCAUGUAGCGUUACCCUUCUUCUACCCCGUAAGAAGUGCAGGAUUCGGAGUUGAUCAGAUCAUGCUCACAUACACAUCGUUUUCCAAUUAAGGUCUACAUUCUGGUUAAACCUUUAUUCUGAAAGAUGUUUACAUAAAUCUACGGCUCUGAAUAUUACUGAAUGCAUGUAAUUAUCAGAAUAAACUAAUGGACGUUC